GGUGGAUGAUAAGUGAGUAAGUAAGUGAGAAAAUACGAUUGGUUUGAAAGAGCGUGAUCCACACAUAAUUUGAGUUACAACCAUCUUCUAAUCUCAUCUUUUCUCUUAUUUUGCCCACUUUAUUUUCAUUUUUGCUCAUUUAAUUCUGUUUAGUUAAAAAAACAUUUCUUCGCCAUCACCAACACUACUUUCGUUACCAUCUUUACAUUCAAUAUCCUCUUGAAUUCAUUGAAAGUAACCCUAUUUCACCACACUAUUCAACAUUACUUGUCCAUAUUUACAUUAUGUGUCCAGUUUUGCAUUUUACUCUCAACAUUUGUUGAAAAUGUAUCUCAUGUUUACAAAUUCAAUCCAUUUUAAUUGUAACCACUUGUGUUUCCAUUGUCAUAAUUUAAAUACUUUUACAGCCUGUACACUAAAGUCUUAAACACUCUUCAUUGUAACAACCAGGAAAAUCAUCUUCACCUCUAUUUUGAAACAUGUUGGAUGUAGACUCAUCAACCGUUAUUGCCAUUGUGGUUGCUUCUUACAUCAUUGCCUUCUUCUUAGCCUUUGGUGUUGGUGCUAACGAUGUGGCUAACAGUUUUGGUACCUCAGUUGGAUCUGGUGUAUUAACUAUUAGACAAGCAUGCUUUUUGGCAACCAUUUUUGAAAUAUCCGGUGCUGCUUUGCUAGGUUAUAAAGUUUCUGAAACAGUGAGGCUUGGGGUUUUUGACAUUGAACUGUACAAAGAUGAAGAGCAAACUCUUAUGUUGGGUUAUCUGUCUGCAUUGAUUGGCGGUGCAAUAUGGAAUUUGGCGGCAACGUUUCUUGGUCUUCCAAUCUCUGGAACACACAGCAUCAUUGGGGCUGUCCUGGGAUUCACCUUAGUGCCCAAGGGUUUCUCAGGAAUGAAAUGGAAUAAUUUACUUUGGGUUACUUCAUCAUGGGUUAUCUCACCCUUUUUAUCAGGAAUAAUCUCAAUCAUUAUCACAUUUUUCAUCAUAAAAUUCAUCACUGAGAAGCCUGAACCAUUGGAAUCUGGUUUAUUAUCUUUACCCUUCUUUUACGGUGCCACAAUUUUAGUCAACUUGUUUACCAUUUUACACGACGGUCCAUCUUUCCUCUAUCUGGACCAGCUUACCUGGUGGGCUGCUCUUUUGAUUGCCUCUUUCUUUGCCAUCUCAGUUGGUUUGGUUGUCUGGUUUGUUGUGGUUCCAAUGCAGAGGAAAAGAAUCCAUGAUUCUGCUGAUUUCAUGCAAAAAGAUGUGUGCCAAGAAAAGCAACCAAUCGAUAAUAUCGCUGAAGAAAAAACUAAUGGAGCUGUGAUAGCUAUGGAAUCAAUGACACUUAAAUCAACUCACGAUGUGGAGUCGGCUAAAAUAGAAGCUGAAAAUUGCACUGCAAAUGAGAAAAUGAAUCAUUCUGGUGGAGAUGCUUUUAACUCUGAAAAACCUGAAAUAGCAACUUUGUUCAAAUAUUUACAAAUAUUGACAGCUUGUUUUGGUUCAUUUGCACAUGGAGCUAACGACGUUAGCAAUGCCAUAGGACCAUUAAUUGCUGUUGUCUUGAUUCAUCAAGAAGGAAACGUCUUCCAAACAGGUCAAUCACCUUAUUAUUUAAUGAUUUAUGGUGGAAUUGGUAUUUCUGUUGGCCUUAUUGUCUGGGGCAGUAAAGUAAUUAAAACCAUUGGCUCUGAUUUAACCACAAUCACACCAUCAACUGGAUUCAGCAUUGAAAUUGGUUCAGCAGCGACCGUCCUUUUAGCCUCCAAAGCUGGUAUACCCAUAAGCACGACUCAUUGUAAAGUUGGAUCAGUAAUCUGUGUAGGUGCCUUUCGAGCUCGUGCUCUUGGUUAUCGAGAACCUAAAAAGUCGGUUGACUGGAAGCUUUUUGGUAACAUAGCAAUGGCUUGGAUUUUAACAGUUCCACUAACGGCUCUGUUCUCGGCUGCUUCAAUGUAUAUAUUGACUUCAUUGGUGCCUUCACAGAAGUCUCAGCCAUCUUCAUUUUUCUAAUGACCACAAACAAAAUGCUCAGUCAGUCAUUGUUUUUUUUUGCAUUUUUAAUUAUAAUCAAAUUGAUUUCUCUUUUUUUAAUAUAUCUCUCAUUCCAUCCAAUCCAUAGCGAAGGAGCAAAAACAUCUCAUUGUGAUAUAUAUUAUUACUACAAUCUAUUUUAAUCUCUUUUUUAUUAUAAAUAACUUUUAAGGUUGAUUUUAAAGUGUAGAUUAAAUUUCAUCAAAAAAUUUUGAUCCAAACAACAGAA